AUGGGCCGCGUGAAGUGUUCAAGCUUUUCACACCAUCUAAGCACGACAACGCUCCUUCCACCAGUCCAGAAUUCUUGGAACAGCCACAACACCAACCUCCACGGCAGCAAAAUGAACAAGCAUAACAAUGCCUCUGGAACCAACCAAUCGAUGGCAGCAGUCCAACACGCCACCGAGAGAGCCGGAGCGCACCAUGGGAAGUACGACGCCCUCGGGCGGAUGCUUGGCGAAGCUCGCAAAGAACAACCAUGGAAUGCCCUGAAUAUUAGCGGAAACUCUGAGCAGACAACUGGCACAGCGGAUAGACUCAAGGAUGAGACGAAGCUCUGA